AUGUAUGAGGUAGAAAUGAUACCAACAAACUAUGAUGAUGAUGAUGAACCGGAUAUAAUUGAUUUAACAACAUAUCCUGGUUAUUUUGGAUUAUUCGAUUUUCCUAUUCGGCCACCAACACCAUUUGCUGAUAGUUCUAUAUGGCCUCCAAAAAUAUUACAAAAUAAUGAAGAUAAUCGUGCCUAUGGAGUUGUUACUUGGUCAUCACCUGAAAAACAAUCAAAUCUUAAUUAUAAAAUGGAUAAUAACGAAAAUAUUGCUCUAUCGUCAUAUCAUGCAUCAUCAUCACCACGUACAAAUAAUACAUGGCGACGAAGACUAAAUAAAUUUUUAAAACGAACAAAAUCAAAUGAACAUAAAACAGUUAUUUCUUCAACAAAGUCUGAUGUAACACAUUUAUAUAACUUUGGUGGUGGUGGUGGUGAAAUGACUCAAAUGGAUUCAUCAAUAUCACGUAGUAGUGGUAAACGAGUUCAUUGGGUCGAUGAUGAUGAAAUUGUAUUAAAUUUAUGUCAUCGUUUUGUUGAAUAUUUGAAAUUAUUGGUACAAAAUGUUAUUGAUGAUACGAAUGAAGAUAUAUAUUUAAAAUAUUGUCAAAUAUCGUUAGAUGAACUUGAUUCACUAAUUGACUGUCAACAUAUCAAAGAAGCAUUCGAAGAUAUAGUUGAAUUAGCCAAAACACGAAACAAAAAUCAAUUACUUGAACAACAAACAUAUAUUGAAAAUUUACUCUCUCGUACUGUUCUUUUUUCUUGUGCUUAA